AUGGCGACGGCGGCGAGGCCGGCCACGCUCCUUCGGGCGGACGGUGAGGUGGGCGAGAGUGUCCGCGCCGUGCUCAGUUCACUCGUCCGAUUUCAGGAGCAGGGGCUGCUCAGACUGGAAGUCAAGAUAGAUUAUCAAGCACUGGUGAUGAAUAAACAGGAUUUGGUGCAAUUUAGGGCACAAACAGCAAAGAUCAGAACGAGCUUAUGUUUAUGGAAGGUGAAAGAUGGGAGCUUAAUUUGGAGAUGUUCUAAAAUUACCGUUGAUCUAGGCAAGCUUCAGAGUCUGCCAACACUUAACCUGGAACAUUUUAGCAACUUGCUCCAACAACACGUUCUUGAAUUACAGUGUAUUUCAGAUAAGCUGAAUUUAUUGGUAAGAGGUGACACAUCUGGGACAAGAAAUUCAGGAGAAAAGUUGCUUUCCACAAAACCUGAUAGUGACUUAAAUUCAACAGCGACUGGCUACAAGCAAGUUUUGAAUAAAUCAAUCAAUACAAGAACAAAAACAUUCCAAAAAGAAGCACAAUGUAAGCCUGAAGGACAAGAUGAGCCAAAUAUGCAGAGUGGAACAGAAUUGGUUCAGAUCAAAGCAAGCAAAGAUGAAAUUGAAAGAAGAAUUUCGGCAUUCAUAGAGAGAAAACAGGCAGAGAUCAAUGAAAACAACAUCCGUGAAUUCUGUAAUGUUAUUAAUUGUAAUCUAGAAAACAGCUGUGCUAGAACAGAUGCUGUUUUUACACCACAUCCUGGUUUCAAAAGCCACAUAAAAGUCUCAAGAGUCGUGAAUAUAUAUGGGCCUCAAACAAGAACUGAAAGUGAAGGGGAAGCUGCCCAAAAACCUAAUACCAUGACACAAAACUGUGGUAACCCAGCUAUUGAAGAGAGGCUUCAAAAUAUGGAAACUCAUUUGAAGCUUUCGGCAGGUGGUCCAGUUCCAAUGGAUGUUUACCAAGAUCAAAAACUUGAAGAUAGAAUUCUUCAUUUGGAAGGUCUUUCUCCAGAAUAUUUUCAACAUGUGAAUUUUCCAAGCAAAAGGCGUAAAGUUCAAGAAACGGUGCAGGGCUACAGCCUAAUAGAAAUUGAUGAGAAGAUUAAUGCAUUGAAGGCAGUGCUACUGCAGAAAGCAGGUGAUCAACCUCUGUCAAUAGAGGCAAACAAGAUGUCUAUUUAAGGUCAAUUUUUAUUGAGUUUUAGAACUAGCCAAAUGAUUCAAUGUGUGAUGCCAUUUUAUUGUGUUUUACUUCAGAAAAUUUACCUGAGUUCUGUCAGCAACAAGCUAUUUAGUAUACUUCUGAACCAGAUGUUUUUCUGACGUACAUAAUCCAGAUUGGAAAAUAACUGGCUAGAAUGAGAUUGUGUUCUAGGUCUAAUAGCUAAACAUAUGGGAAAAAUCUGUCAAGUUAAGCAGCCCAUUUUGAAAAUUUUUCUAAGUGAGAAAAUUGUCAGAGAAUCCAUGAAGUCCUUGUGAUUCUUGUAUCCCAAAGAAUAAAGAGUCUGUACUGGUAAUGGCAACUGUAUUAAAUUAUUUUGUACAAAAUAUUGUGAAGAAACAUUUGUUGGUACUAAGUUGCUUUAAUGUUGGAAAGAUCAAAUAAUAACCAAACAAAUGAUUUGAAUAGAGCAUAUUUUGGGUGUUCAGUGUACAUGUAAAUAUUUAUGUUAAUUUUGUGUGUAAUGUUGAUACAAUAAAAGUUUG